UUGUAUUUAUAAAAAUCUUUCAUGAAAAUAUCAGAAUUUUGAAACUCUAACAUUUAAUUGAAAAUAUAAAAAUAAAAUGUAAAAUGAGGAUACAGUUUAUAUCUGGAAACUAAUGAAAAUUAAUCAAAGUAAAGUUUGGCUUGAAAAAUGCAUGGAGACAAGCAGGCAACAAUGAAAUCGCCUAUCUCGUUAGAUAUUUUAAAAGAAGAAUUGGAAGAUCUAAUAGAUAAAGCAAAGGAUUGGGCCCUCAUGAAUGGAAUGUGUUUGAGAUCAAAAAUAAAUGUUAAUAGAGAUGUUUUGCAAUUUGCACCAUUUGUGCUUUUUCCAUCACCAUUCCCACGAGAAGAAUUUCAAAAUGCUUGUGACAUUCAGAUUAUUUUAAACAUGCUCAUACACAGAGUAGCUCAUGAUUAUAAUUUUUUGAAAGAAACUUUGGAGGAAACUAUAAAAGUUGAUGAGUUUACCAGAAACUUAUUUGACAUCUAUGAAACUAUUUAUAAAGAAGGGGCUGCUCAGAAAGUAUCCCUAGGUAUAUUACGCUCAGAUCUAAUGUUAGAUACCAGUUGUCCAAAGAAAGACACUAAGAAAUUCAAGCCUUAUUGCUGUUGGAAACAGGUUGAAAUAAAUACAAUUGCUUCGGGAUUUGGUUGGCUAGGACCUGUAUCUACACAGUUACAUAAGUUUGUUUUGCAAGAAUUGGGCUAUAUCACUGAAUUGAGCAAUCUUCCUGAAAAUAAUGCGUUACAAAUAUUAUGCUCAGGCAUGAUAGAAGCUUGGAACUUGUAUAGUAAUCCACAAGCAGUUAUUUUAUUUGUUGUUGAAGAUAUUACGUAUAAUAUUUGCGAUCAGCGUUUUCACGAGUUUGAAAUACGAAAACAGAAUCCAAAUGUGAAAGUGAUUCGCAAAAAUUUAACGCAAUUAGCGGUCACUGCAAAAUUAGGUUCCAAUAUGGAGUUAGUAGUGGAUGAUUAUAUUGUGGCUGUAGUCUACUACAGAUGUGGCUAUGAGCCCAGUCAAUAUCACACCAAAAAAGAAUGGGAUGUGAGAUUAUUGAUUGAGAGAUCAUUGGCAAUCAAAUGUCCAAGCAUUCAAUAUCAUUUGGCUGGUACCAAGAAGGUUCAACAAGCUCUUGCAAAGCCUGGUAUAGUCGCACAUUUCUUAAAGGAUGAAAAAGCGGCGGCAAAAGUUAAAGAAAUAUUUACUGGUUUAUAUUCGCUGGAUUUUAAUGAACAUGGCAAUGUUGCUGUAGAGAUGGGAAUCUCGGAUCCUCAGCGUUUUGUGUUAAAACCACAGAGAGAAGGUGGCUGCAACAAUUUAUACGGGACAGAUAUCAAAGACUUUUUAGAAUCUAUGAAAUCUGAGCAAAUUCGAGUAGCUUGGAUUCUCAUGGAUCGAAUUUAUCCGCCGGUGCAUAAAAAUUACAUUGUGAAACCUGGGACUAAUGUGGACAUAGAUACGAAAGAGUUAGUCUCGGAAUUAGGCAUAUUCGGUGUUAUUAUUGGAGACGAUAAAAAUAUUAUUGUCAAUAAACAGGAUGGUCAUAUGUUAAGAACAAAAUUAGCUAUCGAUAACGAAGGUGGUGUAGCGACCGGCCUAGCCUUACCAGACGUUGUACACGCGGUAGCAAAAUAUGAAAUAGGACAUGAACCACGAGAGAUAUUUUUCUUUCGAGAGGGUAGUAUUGUUAUGUGGAAUAUUUCCGAUCUCGAGUGUGGCAACUUAUUGCAGUUUUUGAGAAAUUACGAGCAGAAUCAUUACACAAGAGAUUUGAUUCAUAGCGAAAGCGAGUUGAUGCAUUAUACUUAUGGCGAUUUCGGAAAAAAGAGUCACUUGAAGGAUGGCGAUAUUGUCUUGGCACAAGGAGCUGGAAACUUGGACAAGUUGGACAAGUAUACAUUCUCUAAUGCUAUGGCACAAUCCGUCAAAUUAGGCAUAUGGGAAGCAUCGUUGAAUCGUUAUGUCGAUUCAAUCGAAUUUGUCACGGAAGAUUUGAAAGUCGGAAAAAAGCUUCGAAUGACACAGCAGGAGGUGUUGAUGAAACAAGGCGAACUAUUCGCUCUUAGACACCGGAUUAAUCUGAGCUCGGAUUUGUUGGAUACACCUGAUUUCUACUGGGAACGAGAUGACCUGGAAAAUUUAUAUCAUCAAAUCUGUGGAUAUUUUAGCAUCGCAAAACGUACAAGAGUAAUGAAUGACAGAUUAAAUCACUGUGUGGAACUGGUGAGCAUUUUAUCGUCACACUUGAGUGAUCGUCAUCACGUUCGUUUGGAGUGGAUGAUUAUCAUUCUUAUUAUGGUGGAAGUCGCUUUCGAAAUUCUGCAUUACAUCGAUCGAUAUCUUGUAAAGUAGCAACCUAACAACGGCAGAUAAUCGGCACUUCUGCUUCAUACAAAAGCCAAGUAAAAAAUGUACUUAAGCAUUUAUUUUGCUAAUACAUAUGGACCUUCAAUUUGAAAA